AACCAUCAGAUGAUCCUCGUAGCUGAGGUGAAAUCGCGAUGGUGGUAGUUUUAUCUUACCUACUCCAUCGUAUACUUACGCACUUCUCGAAUGGUAAUCUAACUGCACAGACUGCUACUGGUGUUCUGUCCCCCACACUGUGAAGAUUGUUGAAAAAAGGAACCAGUGACUAAGACACGUUAUUUUUUGCACAUUAGUUGUACGGAUAGAUGACACGACAAAACCGAUUGUAAGUUCUCUGUAUCAGAACUAUGAGAUGUUUUAAAGGUAAAGAAGGUAAAGAAAACAACACAGAUAUGAAGAGUUUUUAUCAAUUCUUACUUAAACGAUGAUGUCAGCAUGUAUAUAUGUAUACAUGAAGCGUGCCUUUUUCUUCUAUUCUAUAGUAUUACGUCGCUUACCAUCGUUAUAUGGCUGUUUUCUCGUUCUUCACGGCUUUAUUGUUGAUCUCUUCGGGUGCGACUGCUUUUGAUGUGAUGCGCUAUGCGUCUGAUCAAUAUUCCGUUCUCUAUAAUGAAUUUGUCAAUUCGUCAGGAGAAUUCUAUCCUGCUUAUGGUCACCCAUUAGAAGCACAUUGGAAAUCUACAACAGGUACCACUGGCUGGACAAGCGGAUUUUUCCCGGGUGUUCUCUGGAAUUUAUUUGCAUAUAAUAAUAGUUCUGAUGGAUUAAGACGUGCGAUGGAUGUAACAGCACCAACAGCCCCAUUUGCCAAUAAAACAGACACACAUGACGUUGGUUUCGUAAUUAUGUCUGGUUAUGGUAAUGCCUACCGGCUAUUGAGACGUGACGAAUACUUAAAUAUCAUGGUAACUGCUGCUCGCUCGUUAAUAACUCGAUAUUCAUCCACCGUUCGAUGUAUACGCUCAUGGAAUAGCCAAGAAGGGUUUUUAGUUAUUAUUGAUAAUAUGAUGAAUUUAGAACUUCUAUUUGAAGUGGCUAAUUUAACCAACGAUCAAACAUUCUAUGAUAUAGCGUGGAGCCAUGCGAACCGAACAAUGUAUGAACAUAUCCGGACCGAUAACAGUAGUUAUCAUGUUGUUGAAUACAAUGAAACGGAUGGCAGUGUUAUCCGUAAAUACACGGCACAAGGUUAUGCGGACUGGUCAACAUGGGCUCGUGGUCAGUCUUGGGCUGUUUAUGGAUUCACCGUCGCUUAUCGUUAUACGAAACAUCAACCGUUCCUUGACAAAGCCAUUGGUGCAGCAAACUACUUUCUCGCGCGCCUUCCGAGUGACACUGAUCUAGUUCCAUAUUGGGACUUUGACACCCCUUAUAAUUCAACCCUAGUCUAUCAGCCGCGAGAUACAUCCGCUGCAGCUAUUUUCGCUAGUGGUCUUCUUGAACUAUCACAAUAUGCACCCACAUUGGAUGUUAGAGAUCGUUUUUGGACAAGAGCAAAGGCAAUCGUCGAUCAAUUAUCAAGUCCAACCUAUUUGAUCUCUGGCAAUAAAGACUAUAAAUUGCCUGCCUUGCUCGCAAAUGGAACACAAGGACCUUAUCCAAAAGCUGUCUAUGAUGUUGCAUUGCCUUAUGGCGACUAUUAUUUGACGCAAGCUGUCAUACGUCUUGCUGAAAGUGUCCCAAGUGGAGGAAGUCGGGAGGAUCACCACCUCAAUCUUUUAAAACUUUGUUUUUUUCUGAUUGUUUCCUACAAUUUUUGCUGA